AUGCCUCCAAAGGUUUCUGCAAAAGGUGCUAAAAAAGCGGUCAAGGCCCAAAAGCCGAGAACUGGCGACAAGAAGAAGAAAAAUCGGAGAAAGGAGUCCUACUCGGUCUACGUUUAUCGUGUUCUGAAGCAGGUCCACCCUGACACCGGAAUCUCUUCGAAGGCGAUGUCAAUCAUGAAUUCUUUUGUCAACGAUGUUUUCGAAAGGAUUGCUGCUGAGGCUAGCCGGCUUGCCCAGUACAAUAAAAGGUCCACAAUUUCAUCUCGCGAGAUCCAGACUGCAGUCAGGCUCAUUUUGCCUGGAGAACUUGCGAAGCAUGCAGUGUCGGAAGGCACCAAGGCUGUUACAAAAUACACCAGUUCUAAUGGCGAACAGUUUACACUGUACAUAGUGAAGAUGCCAAACACCUUAGCAGAAAAGUUGAAGUGCAUUUUUGGAAGCUUGAUUCGAGGCGAGGUAGAGGCUCUUCCUCAGAAGACUGGAGAUGUAAUUUUGUGGAGGGUAUUGGUCUGGGGAGUAGUCGCAGCAGACCAACAGUCAUUCUGCAGUGAAGUUUUCAUUAUGUCUGGCCGCGGUAAAGGAGGCAAAGGUCUUGGGAAAGGAGGCGCCAAGCGUCAUCGUAAGGUUCUCCGUGACAACAUCCAGGGGAUUACGAAACCAGCUAUCCGUCGUUUAGCUCGACGAGGUGGUGUAAAACGUAUCUCUGGUCUUAUCUAUGAGGAAACUCGUGGAGUACUGAAGGUUUUCCUGGAGAAUGUGAUUCGUGAUGCCGUUACUUACUGCGAGCACGCGAAGAGGAAGACUGUUACAGCGAUGGAUGUUGUGUACGCUCUGAAGCGACAAGGCCGCACCUUGUACGGUUUUGGAGGUUAA